AUGAAGUCUCUGAUCGACAUGGCUCUCAACCUCAACAUCGGUCAAGUCACUCACAUCACAGUUCUCGACAAUCUGGCCCAGGAGCCAACGAUCAAUAUGGAGCGCAACCACACCAAGGCCCCAGACAAUCCGAUCAUGGAUGUUUUAACACUUCUCAACAACAACGUCAACAGCCAUACUACGACCAAAGACCAUCUGGCCCUAGACAGAUUGAACAAUACGGGUCACCGUCCUAUUAUGAUUCCCCGCAAUCUCAGGCCGGAAGACUUGAUCGUUAUGAAGCACCACCAUAUCAUGACUCCAGAAUGA